AUGAAGACUGUCGUUCUACUACUCCUAGCUGCUGGAUUUGCUGCUGCUGAUUUUGGCAAUGAUCCCCCAGUCCCAGCUCGUAAACCAGUAUAUUACACUGGUCACUGGAAAACUGGUAUUGAAAUCGAAGUUAUCUAUGAUUUAAUGUGCUCUGACUCAGCAGCCCUAAACCCAGCUUUCCAAGAAUUCCUUGAUCAAAAGUUCCUCGACUCAACAGUGAGAGAUCAAAUUCAACUCUCAUAUACUUUCUUACCUCUCCCAUAUCAUCAUGAGGUUUGGGUUCCACAUCUUCUUGUUCCAUAUCUUCUUGAUCAAUGCCACGCUAAUGAAACUGAUUGCCACUUCUAUGACUAUAUAGAUUUCUGUUUUAAGAAUCAAGAUGUCAUUCUAGGAGCUAAGGAUACCAGUCAAGAUGAUUUAAUCAAGAUUUGGACCUAGAAAGUUGCAACUCAUUUUACUAUUCCACAAGCUGAUUUACUAGCCUUGUACGACAGAGAUACUGACAAACACAACUCAGAGAUGAGAACUAGAUACAUGUACAAAUACAACGCUCAUCAUCAUGUUAGCGGUACUCCAUUCGCCUUCGUUAAUGGUAUCUUACUUCAAAGCUUCCCAGAAACUGCCAAGGACUGGAGAGAUAUGCUUGACACAGUUUGGGCUCAAACUCAAGGAGGAAAUUACUACGUUUGA